CUCUCCGCCCGGCCUCUCCUGUCACCUGGAGCUCCUGGCUCCGGGCUCCGGACCCUUUCCGCUUCGCUGUUUCAUUCUCAUAGGCUGGCGCGGUUGCCACGACGCUGCUGUCGAAUGUUCCGCGGGGGCGGAGAACACCUGAGGCGUCCCGGGUCCGGUGGCUGCAGCCGGUCGACGGAGCAUGGAGCUGGUCGAGGUGCUGCAGAUCCUACUGGCUCUCGCUCUUACAGCUCUGGCCCUGGUGAUCUAAGGCCGCAUGAAGAGUCACUGAGAUUGCGUUUGCCGUAGACCUGUUGUGGCGAUUAGCAUAUUGCAAUGGGUCCAGGUCCUUGCUGAGGCAGGAGUUGAUUCUAGCCAUUACCAACCUCUCAACGCAUUUCAUCGCUGUAGAUCUUGUAUUUAUUGUGCAUGUGACAGCUAUAAAAAUGCCAAAUCUUGCUCGUGGAGAGAAAGAAAAAUAUUUCUUGAAUCAAAAUUCUGCUGGGAAGGAAUUGUUCCCCAGUAUCCAUGAUCCUUCCACUAAGGAACUGUCUGUUAUUGUCCCAUCUUAUAAUGAAGAACAAAGAUUACCUCUGAUGAUGGAUGAGGCGCUAGAAUAUUUGGAACAAAGACUGAAGAAAGACUCUUCAUUUUCUUAUGAGGUGAUUGUGGUAGAUGAUGGAAGCAAAGACAAAACAACAGAGGUCGGUCUAAAGUAUUCUAAGAAGUACGGAUCUGAUCGGGUACGUGUACUAACAUUAACAAAAAACCGUGGGAAAGGUGGAGCUAUUAAAAUGGGUGUACUGAGCUCUCGAGGAAGAUUUAUUCUGAUGGCUGAUGCUGAUGGAGCUACAAAAUUUGCUGAUAUUGAGAAAGUAGAAGCAGGCUUGAAAGCUCUCCAGCCAGGUCCAGAUAACAUGGCCAUUUCAUGUGGAUCUAGAGCUCAUUUGGAGAAAGAAACAGUAGCCAAACGUUCUUAUUUUCGGACGUUACUCAUGUAUGGGUUCCAUUUUCUGGUAUGGUUUCUGUGUGUGAGAGGAGUAAGGGAUACACAAUGUGGCUUCAAGCUUUUAACCAGAGAAGCAGCUCGAAGGACCUUCUCAACUUUGCAUGUAGAUCGAUGGGCUUUUGAUGUGGAGCUUCUCUAUAUAGCCCAAUGUUUAAAGAUUCCAAUUGCAGAAGUUGCUGUUCAGUGGACAGAGAUAGAGGGAUCCAAGCUCAUUCCCUUCUGGAGUUGGCUACAGAUGGGUAAAGAUCUCCUCUUCAUUCGAUUACGUUACCUUACCGGUGCCUGGAAUCUAGAAAUACCCAAAAAAGUUAAUUAAGUUAUUGCACUGUAACUAAGGUGAAAGGAAUCGUCAACACAAAUAUAAUCAGGGGAUAUGAUGAGACAAGAAACUUGCUGUAGAUGGCAGCAAAGUUUAUUUUGCUUUCAUUUUGUAAAUUGCAUGCCGGUGAAUAAAGUGGAAUAUACAGGUUGAAUUAUUGGUUAACUCUAAAGUUAAAAAGACUCAACCAAAAAGAUACACCACAGGGGUUAUGUUUAAUGGUUUAUCGCCCUCUUGUCAUUGUAAUAACAUGUUGUAGUUCCUUUUUCUGUAAAUUCAGACAAUGUAUAUUUUGUGCUGUAUAAUUGACAGCACUGUCUUAAAACAGUCUUGUAUAAUUUGGUUGCCAAAUUCAAAAGAACUGCCAUGCCUCGUUAUGGGUGAAGCAUGAGUAAAUGAUGAAGUUGUACUUGUGUUUCUUAUUUGUAAUCCUUUAUUCUGUAUACGGAUUAUUUGAUUUCAUUAUUAAUUAUUAAGCAGUUUCAGAUUCCUAAGUACAGAUUUCAUUAGCUGAGAUAAAAUCGAAUAGAGCUGGUCUUAAAAACAAAAAAGCACUCCAGCAUCAUUUGUAGCAAAAAAGGACAAAAAGUUAAUCAGGUUUUUUCCACUGAGGUUGGGUGGGAUUAUAACUCACCCAUCAGAACUUUUUUUCAUCAGAAUUGGGAAAUGAGAGAAAGCACAUUAGAUGUAAGUUGGUUGAUAAAAGGUCUCUGUUCUCUUUUCACAGAAACUGCCUGGCCAGCAUUUAUUCUUUUUAUUUUGGAUUUCCAGCAUCUACAGUUGGUUUAAACUUUUAAAGUGGGAUUUAUGUUAGGGAAGUUUCAACAUUAAACUUGUGGUUGAUUUUGGUUAAUUAACCUAAAUUUUAAGGACUUCAUUUGAAUCACUGUAACUUGAAACUCAAUUUUUUUCUGUUCACAAUAUUUUAAUUAAAAAUUAUAAAGGCUAACUUUGGAAUAUCUUUUGUAUUCCUAGAUAAUAACACACAGAUUUAGAAAAAUCCUACCCUUGGGACUCUAGAUCCCUAAACCACAACGUUACGAGAAAAUUUUAAUAAUGUCUACAAUUCACUUCAUUGCUGAAAAGAUUUUUGGGAUGUUCUGAGUGUCAAAGGUGCUAUAUAAAUGUAAAGCUGUCUUUUCUAUUUUCAAAAUGUGAUGGUUUACUGAAUAUUCUUUCUAAGCACUUGUAUUAUUUAAUAUUGGAGAGAUUAUACAGAUAUCUAAAGUGUCAGUCAAAACAAGAUGGGUAUUCAAUGUCAUGAGCACAGGAUAUUGAAUAAAUUUAUAAACAAACACAGAUUAAAUUGGGUCUGCUUG